AUGGUGAUGUGUCCAGGCAAGAUGACCGAUGCCGAGGAGCUCGAGAUAAUCCGUGAGCUGGAGACCCAGCUGGAGCCUCCGGUUCCCAACAGCGCUAGCCCUGACAAAUCGCAGAUUUGUGCCACACCGGGACCGGUACGGAGGCUUGACAGUUUCACCGGGAUGGUCACACCGGGAUCAACGCAGAUGGAGUUGUCGACGCCCACGCAGCCAAAGGCGACUCCCGUGAAGUUAUUCCAGGGCCAGGCCGAGCCGGAAAGCACCGGCACCGAUGAACGUGAUGCAUGGAAUGGGUGGACGACACAGUCCGGCCAUGAAGCCGGAGAUUGGUGGGGACACGGUUCCUGGAUGCCACGCAGCUGGUCCAGCAGCAGCUGGUCGGAGGAGUGGGGAUACGGUCCCCAGAAGCAGUGGUGGAGGAACCGCGGGAUGUCAAAGGACUUGGAGCCCUACGAGGGCUGGUCAUGGGGCCGAGGGGACUCCAACCUGUCCCUCGAGACUGACGUCUCUGACUCCAUGCAGGAGGCCUUGAGGACUGAGGUGGCUUCCGCGCUGCAGCGUGCCCCAACCUCCGAGUUGGACCAGGUGAGACCGACCACGGAUGGAGUUCAAGCUGCUGAAGAAGCAGAGAAGCAGGAGAAGGCAGCAGAGCC